ACCGCAAUGCUUCGCCCUGGACCGCAUACCUGGGCCGGGUACAGUGGGCCCUGGAUUGAAAACGUGUUCUUCAGCGAGUGGGGGAUUCGCAAACCCCAAAUGUCUCGCAUCUACCUGCCCGUUGCUUGGACCGACUGCAUGCACAACAAUAGCCUGAGAGAUCAGAUGCAGCAG